AUGAAUAAAGGAGAAAACUCAGACUCCAUCCCUAUUGAUCUCAUUCUUGAGAUACUCUCGAGAUUGCCUGCAAAGUCAAUCAAGAAGUUUCAGUGUGUGUCGAAGCUAUGGCGUUCCUUGCUUUGCAAGCCAUACUUCACCGAGUUGUUCUUGACUAGGUCAUCGUCUCGUCCACGUCUCUUAAUUGGGGUCAAACAAGACAGUGAGUGGUUUUUGUUUUCGUCGCCUCAGCCUCAGAAUCCAUCCUCUCCUGUCGUCUCCGCUGAUUCUCACAUGAAGAUCUUUUUUGACUUAAAGUACUAUGAAAGUUGUAGGUAUGCCUCUGGUUUGCUCUAUUUCCCUAGUCUACGUACAUCCAAGGAGUAUGAUAAUGAUACGAAUAAAAUACAUGCCAUAUGUAAUCCUAGCACAGGACAGUUUGCGAUCUUACCUGAACCUAGAACAAACAGAGGGUGUGGUGGCUUUCUCGGGUUCGAUCCGAUUGGAUUGGUUAAUACAUGGCAUAUUUAUUGUGGUGGAUUUCCCCUUGAUUUACGUAUGUGGGUUCUUGAAGAUAUUGAUAAACAGAAAAUUUCUGCAUAUGACUAUACUUUAAGGACUGAUAAUGGUAUAGUCUUUAAGGAUGGCGACUAUAUUUCUGUUGUUAGGGCGACGGCUUCUGGUGAAAUUGUUUUAGUGAAGAAUAGUGCAUAUGAACCGUUUUAUGUUUUCUAUUUUAAUCCCGAAAGGAACACUCUCCAAAGUGUUGAAAUCCAAGGUGUUCGACAAGAAGGGAAAGAAUGGUCUACCCAUCAUCAAGAAGUUCACGUCUUUGUAGACCAUGUAGAGGAUCUUAAUUUUGAUGUUAUGAAAGCAAUAGAUGCUGCAUCAUCUAUAAGCCAGGUCAACAUCAUCUGA